UGACAGCAUCACUUUUCGCUUGUUACUGCAUCUCGAGAAUUGUUUCUAUAUAUAUUUUGUACUAAAAUAAAACUUUUAGUGCUAUUUUUAAUUAGUGCAUUAAUUUCCUGUGUUGUACAGUAAAUUUUUAAAACUUCACAAUGGCGAAAAUGGCAUUUCAGCACCAAGCCGGAACGGCUAUGGAAUGUCUUAGUAUACCAAUAACGCUUCAAAAAGAAGCCGGUGUUGAUGCAGAAGGCAGGGAAGUUAUGAAAUGUGGCUUCAAAAUUGGCGGUGGAAUUGAUCAAGAUUAUCGCAAAAGCCCACAAGGAUAUACUGAUAACGGUAUCUAUGUGACUGAAGUUCAUGAAGGCAGUCCAGCAGCUAAAUCUGGAUUGCGGAUGCAUGACAAAAUCCUGCAAUGCAAUGGAUAUGACUUCACCAUGGUAACACACAAGAAGGCUGUCAGCUAUAUUAAAAAGCAUCCAGUGUUAAACCUUCUUGUUGCUAGAAAAGGUGUAACAUCCACAUAACUGUUACACAGUUCUUGUAACACAAGUAUAUUUUUUCAUUUUUGAUCAACUGUUUUGAAUGAAAGUAUUUAAAAAAUCAAAUGAUUUUAUAAUGUUAUUU